GUGUCGAAUGCUACUUCAAUAACUGUAGUCCAAUAAUUUAUAAAUCGACAGUCAUUAUCACUUUAUAAAAACCAGUUGACCAUAAUCCAGUAUAUCGAAAUGAUAUACGAAUUAAAUUCAGUUGUAAUAUUGAUUGCCUUUGUUGGUAAACGUGUCUGAAAUGUUGUGUUUAUAAAUGAUAUGAAGUACGAACAAGAAAUAAACGAACGAACUUUUGUUCGAAAACAUAAAGGAAAUAAAGUGCCGGUGGAGAUGAUGUGGAAGGCUAAAGGUUAAAAAAUAAUGAAGGGAAGAUUUGGAUCCACGCGACUAGUUUAUUCAACUUUGUAAAUACUUCGGAACUACAAGUCAAACGACAAAAUGAAUUUAGAAUAUCUGGCAAUAGCAAUAGUGGCUUUAGCCGCGGCGGCCUGUGCCGGUCCGACACACUCGCCACCAUCAGCACAAAAUCGAUACCAUAAAACCGGCAACAAUGCCGAUCGAGCAACAGAUUUGAAACGGGAAAAUAUAGCUGCCUCAACGACUGCGACUAAAAAUUUACCCCAGGCUAAUGGAGAAACGCUAGAUAGGACAAAGAAAGCUAUCGCUCCUUGGGACGCGGAACAUACGGAAUACCAAAGUCAUACAUUUACCAGAAUGUCUAUCUGGAGACCCCCAGUCUAUGCUCUUAAUAGACCAUACUUCAUUCCUAUCUAUGGACCAAGUGGAGGCAUACCUAUUUACUUCGCCCCUCAACCAUUUGGAGGUCAGGAUAAACCACCGUAUAUGGGGCCUGCUUAUCUUCCUCCAAAGGAGCAGCCAGAAUCAACGCAAGCACCAUCAGUCAAUGUAGUGGAUAGAUUCAAUUACGACGAUGACGACGACAGACCAAUAUGGAAUAAAGGUAGUUCUAAUAGUAUUAGUGAAUCUGAUAAACCGGCAAGACCACCAGCAGAUAAUUCUAUACACCUUUCCGCUGCUGACGAAAAUAUGAUGAGGGAAAUUUUCAAAAUUAGGCCUACACAAUCGGCGCAACAACCACCACGCACUAUACCAACUACCACUACAAGUACACCACCACCAACUCAAGAUCCUCCAGGUCCAAGUAAUUGUGUAUGGGCAGUAGUUUCGUGCUGUUCGGCUGAUACGAAUGUCUAUCCUGAGAGAUGUUUCGAGCAACGCGGUUGUCCAGGACCUUUUUGGGGUGGUAGUCCUUGUGAUACUGAGUUUGCCAAGGCAGCUGUGGCAGCGGCUUUAAAAUAUUAUAAUCCAUGAAAUUUGAAAAAACUGAAUUGAUGGUGCUAUUAUAAUGAAUAAAAGGAUAUUUUUAAAAGUGCUAAUAAACGUAGGCUGUCUCUAUAUGGAAAUGGAAUGACUUUAUAUUUUCAAAAAUUUAUCUCAGUAUCAGUAUUUGAGAUUUUCUGUUAUUCGUGUGAAAAUAUAUUGAUAUAUUUGAACAUUUACUAUUUUCAUGAAGAGCUGCUUACAUCUAUCGAUAAAUAGUUUACUAUCAA